AUGAACGGCGCAACACAGAUCGGGCUGGCGAUAGCCAUGCUUGCCCACCCAGCGCUCGCCCAGUUCGGCGGCUGGGGAGGAGGAGACGGCAGCGGCUUUGGAGGCGGGAGCAGCAGCAGCGGCUCCUCUUCCUCCUCCUCCUCCUCGGGGUACGGCAGCGGCUCCGGCUCCGGCGACAGCGGCUUCGCCUUUGGGGAGGGUUUCGACUACGGCACGGCCUCGCGCCAGCGCAGCAUCCACGGCAUCAUAGCCAGCCUCGCCUUCGUGAUCCUGUUCCCCCUGGGGGCUAUCUUCCUGCGCAUCAUCCCGGGCCGGUGGUCAGUGCGGAUCCACUAUGUCGUCCAGAUCCUCGCCUGGUUCCUAUAUAUCGCCGGGUUCGCAUUGGGCGUUGUGUUGUUGCGGACGAUACCGUCACAGGGCCGUGAGGCUUUGUUGACGAGCUCACCCACCAAUGCCCAUCCCAUCAUCGGCAUCGUGGUAUUCGUCAUGCUCCUGAUUCAGCCUCUGCUGGGUUACAUCCAUCAUCGCAAGUUCAAGCGGUACGAGAGGCGUACUGCAGCCUCACACCUCCACCUUUGGGAUGGCAGGAUCGCCAUUGUCUUGGGUAUAGUCAACGGCGGACUCGGCCUGAGGCUCGCCGGCGCCCGCGAUACGCUGAAACUCGCGUACACCAUUGUGGCUGCCGUCUUAGGUGGAGCGUGGAUUGUCCUGGCCGUUUUGAGUGAGUGCAGGAAGGCCCGGAAGCAAAGUGACACAAGAUACAGGGGCGAGACGGCACCGACGGUGAGGAUGAUACGGGUCCAGAAGGCAUCGAGACAUAACAGUAGCGAUAGUUAUUCGGAGAGGUCGAGACACUAG